AUGGGAGGUGUGGCAGAGGCUCCGAGGCGCGCUCAUCUUUAUGUUGGAAACUUGAGCCCUCGCGUGACGGAGUACAUGCUUACGGAGAUCUUCGCUGUUGCUGGACCUGUCCAACACGUAAAAAUCAUUCCUGACCGGAAUUACCAACACGGCGGUCUCAACUACGGCUUCGUAGAAUAUAUGGACAUGCGUGCGGCUGAAACAGCCCUGCAGACCCUCAAUGGCCGUAAAAUCUUUGACACCGAAAUCCGAGUCAAUUGGGCUUACCAAGGUCAACAAAACAAGGAGGACACGACAGGUCAUUAUCAUGUCUUCGUAGGGGAUCUCAGCCCCGAGGUCAACGACGAGGUUUUGGCAAAGGCCUUCAGUGCUUUUGGUACCAUGUCGGACGCUCGUGUCAUGUGGGACAUGAAUUCUGGGAAGUCUCGUGGCUAUGGCUUCCUUGCCUUCCGAGACAAAACAGACGCGGAGCAGGCAAUCGCAACCAUGAACGGCGAAUGGUUGGGCUCCCGGGCAAUCCGUGUCAAUUGGGCAAAUCAAAAAACUCAAGGAGCUCCUCCCACUACCACUGCUUCCUCUCCUAGGCCCGGUGGUGCUGUUACGACUGGUAGCGCGCCUGCACCCAUCAAUUUCCAAGGUGGUCCUCUCUCCUACGAGUCUGUCGUGCAACAAACACCAGCAUAUAACUCGACCGUAUACGUUGGGAACCUUGUUCCGUACUGCACCCAGGCCGACUUAAUUCCUCUAUUCCAGUCUAUCGGGUACUUGUCUGAAAUUCGCAUGCAAGCCGAUCGUGGCUUCGCAUUUGUCAAAUUGGACACCCAUGAGCACGCUGCCAUGGCAAUCGUACAGUUGCAAGGUCAGAUGGUGCAUGGAAGGCCCAUCAAGUGCAGUUGGGGAAAAGACAGAGCCGAUGGUGGAACAGCUCAACCUGGCGGCCCAUCUCCGCAGCCUAUGUACGGUAUACCGCAGCCAACUUCAUAUGGUCAAUACGGUUUUGGGGGAUACGCAGGGUUCCCUGGCCAAGCCGGAGCAACUCCUGGCACUGCGGGCCCUGGUUCCCCCGGCAUGCCGCAAGCCAGCGCAGGCGCAGGCGGGUUAGGAUUGGCCGCCGGAUCCCAACAAGCUGGUGCGGAUUUAAAUGCUGCUGGAGGUCAGGGAGGUCAAGCACAAUGGGGCGCAACAGAUCCAAGUUAUUAUUCAAAUUACUGGGGAGGUGGGUACCGUAUCCGUCAACUAUCCCGCAAUCUAAUGCUUUACCUUCUUUAG